AUAACACAGGCCAUCAAGCCUCCUGUCCUUUCCAAACUGAAACUGAAUAUAUUGGACAUUAGACUCGACACUUUCAGCUGCGUCCGUUUGGAAAAUGACCGCAGAUGUUCUAAAGGCAUUGCCUCCUGAUGUGCGCACUCUAAAACUAACUGGACAUGUUGGUUUCGACAGUCUACCUGAUCAACUGGUCAACAAGGCUAUCAGCCAAGGGUUCGUGUUUAAUAUUCUAUGUGUCGGUGAGACAGGAAUCGGAAAGUCAACUUUACUAGAGACUCUAUUUAACCAGAAGUUUGAUUUCAGUCCAUCAAGUCAUGAUCUUGCAGAUCCCAAGUUAAAAGCUGUGACAUAUGAUCUCAAAGAAGCUAAUGUUAAGCUUAAGUUAACGGUAGUAGAGACUUGCGGGUACGGUGAUCAGAUUAAUAAAGAAAAUAAUAUAAAACCUGUUGUUGAUUAUAUCGAUAACCAGUUUGAAAACUAUCUACAAGAAGAACUGAAAAUGAAAAGGUCUAUGCAAGCAUUUCACGACACAAGGAUUCAUGUUUGUCUUUAUUUUAUUGCACCUACUGGACACAGUCUAAAGUCAAUUGAUUUGGUCGCAAUGAAAAAAUUGGAGAACAAAGUUAAUGUCAUCCCUAUAAUAGCAAAAUCAGAUACAAUAACCAAAUCUGAAUUACAAAAGUUUAAAGCAAGAAUCCUCAGUGAAAUACAGUCUAAUGAAAUUGGUAUUUACCAGUUUCCCACUGAUGAUGAAGCUGUCAGUGAAACUAAUAGUGUAAUGAAUCAACAUAUCCCAUUCGCUGUUGUGGGUAGCUCAGAAGAAGCUAAAAUCAAUGGAAAAACAGUACGUGUUCGACAAUAUCCAUGGGGUUCAGUUCAAGUAGAAAACGAGAAUCACUGUGACUUUGUCAGACUUCGAGAGAUGCUAUUACGUGUGAAUAUGGAAGAUUUACGUGAACGUACACAUGGUGUACAUUAUGAGACUUAUCGACGUCAACGCUUAAUCGAAAUGGGAUUUCGUGAUGAUGAAAAAAUGUCACUUCAGGAAACCUAUGAAAAGCGUCGUGAGCUUCAAAGAAAAGAAUUACAACAAAAGGAAGAAGAAAUGAGACAAAUGUUUGUUCAACGUGUUAAAGAAAAGGAACAAGUUUUAAAAGAAGCAGAACGUGAGCUACAAACCAAAUUUGAAAGUCUAAAGAAAACGCACGCUGAGGAAAAGAAGAAACUUGAAGAAAAGAAACGCUUUUUGGAAGAGGAAAUAGCCGCCUUCGAACGUCGAAAGCAGCUUGCGGAACAAGCAAGACAAGGAAACCUAACUAUGAAGAAAAGGAAAUAAACUAUUUGGCAGGAAUACAGCUAGUCUUCAUAUUACUUAAUAAUUCACUUUAGCACUAUGAUUUCCGGUUAUUGCUUUUGCUAAUCUCACUUCUCUUUUAUAAAUUAGUUUAAUUUUUUCCUGUGAACUUCAGCCUUAUGUAAAACAAACCACGUACACUGCAUUUGAAAAUUACUGAGUGUUCAAAUAUGUUUCUUUUUAUUUCAUUAUAGGCAAUAAUAUGAUGCUUGUUUUAUGCUAA